AUGGCCCCUGAGCCGCCUGUCCAGCAGCCGUUGGAGCCGAGCGUGCAGGCGCACAAGGACGAGGACAAAGCGUACAACAGAGGUGUUCCAGGGGACGAUGAGGAGUUCCAACAAACGGAAGCAGCGGCCGCACUCCCCAGCUUUCAACUUUAUCACCUGGCCUUUUGUAUUUACAAUGAACACCAGGUUAUAAAUGUUCAAGUGCCUUUCUUGUUUAAGCUUGCUAUCGAUUGGCUUGCAACACUUGGUGGCGCUGAAGCCUCGCUAGCAUCAUUUACAGAUGCUAAUGCAACCCUGUUGGCUCUCUUUGCAAGCCCAGGAGCAGUUCUAAUUGGAUAUGGUAUUGCGCGGUCAGGAGUAUCAGCUUGUACAGAACUACGAAAUGAUUUAUUUUCGAAAGUUACCUUGAGAGCCAUCCGUUCAGUCUCCAGGAUGCCGACAAACUGGAGCUCUAAAUCACAUAAUUGACAGAGGCAGCAAUGCAAUAAAUUUCAUUCUUACAGUGACAAUGUUCAAUAUUGUUCCCACAAUACUAGAGGUACUCACAGUUAUUUCUCCAACGGUUACCAUCCAUCAGUUGUGCAUACUGUGAUAUUGCUGUUGCUUUUGGUAAUUGAUGCCACUUAUUCUCGGAA